UUGAAUACAUUUUGUAUUACAUUUUAACAUAUUUAUAUAAUCUACUGAUGGAAUUAUUUAUACUUUUGUUAUCUAGUAUUUAUUCAUUUUUUAUUUAAUGAAAUAAUUCAUCAAAAUUUUUAAAAUGUAGUCUCCAGUUUUUUUUUUAAUUUAAAACACAGGAAAAGUAUUCUUUAAUUAACUUUUGUGCUCAAUAUUGAAGUGUAAAAAUUGUAGAAACAUCGGCAUUAUUCAAGAUAUUAACACACCAUCUAUAAUUUGGUAAAUAAAAUUUUCUGUUUAAGUAAAUAGUACAUUUUUAGAAGAUAUUUCUUACGGGCUAAAUUUAAUAUAAAUUAAUAAUCACCCAAACUUGCUCGUGAGAUACAAUAGCAAAAAUUUCCUUAAUUUAUCGAUAAAUUUAAUUUACAUAAUUAGCCUAAUUAAAUCAGUACAAUUAUUUUAAGAUGUAACAUAUAUGUUAGAAGUAACUUUUCAACAUUUUUAAAAUACAAACUACCAUAAUAUUCUGAAAAAAUUACAUUUCAUUAUAUCUGUAAUUUUGUCUUUCAGGGAAAUAAUAAAUAAAUGGUCUUUAUACUAGACUAGGUGCUAUAAAUAUAGGUUUUUCAACUGAUAUUAAUUUUAUAGCUAUUUAUUUUGAUAUUUCUUACAAUAAGGAAGAUUAGUUACAGGUAAUUAUGUAGGACUAUAUUAAAUCAUUCACUAUUACUACUUUUACAAUAUCUCAAUACUGUCAGUCAGUCGAAAGUACGAAACACUUAGCCAAAAUGAAAAACGAAAAAGAACAAACACAAACAGAGAACGAAUACGAAAUGACAACACCUAAACGUCCAUACAAUUAUCUUCUUUUAGUGUUAUGUGAAGUGGCAUUAAGAGAUUAUAAUCCAGAAGAAGAUUCCAAUAGUUCCGAAAAUGCUGAAGCUACUAAUGAUCAUCAGUCAAAUGAAUUGACCAAUAAUCAAUCACCAGAAACAGGUUUUUCUGAUGAAGAAGAGACCAACCACACAGACUCGUCUAAUGAUGAGUCUGUUUCGGAAUCAGAACAUUUUACUGAUGAAAGUGACUUAGAUUGGCAACCAAUCGAGGAAGUUACCCCUAAAAGGAGAAGAUUUCAACUAAAUCCUCAUGUAUAUAGUAGUGAUGAAGAAGAAGUUGCGCCAAUCAUUAAAAGAAAGAAAAUAACACCAAUUAGUCGGUCCCAAUCACCGGACUACGUGGUGAUUGGGUCAGGUGGUAACAAAGUGCCAAGGGAUGCGUACGAGAAGAUUAAUUGGAAAAAUUAUAGGUUAGCCACGAGGAAAUUAAUGAACUUGCUGUUCACUAAGAAAACGAUGGCUACCUCUUCGUUGACGGGGAAAAAGAGUCCGGCUUUUCUGCACAAAAAGUGUAAGCCGCAGUUGAACCCAAUAAUUGUGGGGGACAUUGUGGAAUGUAUUGAGAAGAACUGUGAGGUGGACCGUCAACGAAUCCGCAACGUUUUUACCACCAAAUGUGCGGAUGAGAACAAGAUAUUAAGAAGGCUACAAAAUGAUAAGGGUAAAUAGGAGACAUUUUAACAUAUUGUAAAUAAUGUACAUAAUGUAAAUAAAUAAUUUAUAUAAUAUCGAAUUAUAUGUUUUUUAUUA